ACACAGUGAUCAUAAGCAGCAGAGUGCAGGGCCGGCCGGCAGUGUCUCUGUGAGGCAGCACCUGUCAGGCAGCAAUGAGAGAGGCAGAGCUGAGGAGAGCAGAGCUCAAGGUGUGGAGUCUCUGCGCGUCUCUAUGAUACACUGACUGCAAGCAACGGCGCCCUAUGGGAGAUAGCUGCUGGGGAAGUGUGUGGACUCUGCCUGGGUAAGACUGCUAGCACCGACGCCCCAUGGGAGAUAGCUGCUGGGGAAGUGUGUGGACUCUGCCUGGGUUGCCACACAAGAAACUACAGUUAUUACAAGUACUGAAUCGCCCCAUCCAGAGGGGACUUAGCAGACCAUGAAAAUGGAUGUGGAAGGAGCCGAUAUGACGCUUUGGACAGAGUCUGAAUUUGAGGCAAAGUGCACAUAUAUAGUGAAGGAUCACCCAUGGGACAGCAGCUCAGAUGGAAGUAACCUUGUCCAAGCACAAGCUUCUCUACCGAGGAACUUACUUUUUAAGCACGUACCUGGCUCUAAAGAGGUGAUUGGUGUUUUAAGCAAAGAGUAUAUUCCAAAAGGAACCCGUUUUGGACCAUUUGUAGGCGAGGUCUACACAAAUGAUACUGUUCCCAAGAAUGCCAAUAGGAAAUUCUUUUGGAGGAUCUAUUUAAAUGGCGAAUUUAACCAUUUUAUCGAUGGCUACAAUGAAGAAAAGAGUAACUGGAUGCGCUAUGUGAAUCCAGCACACUCCAUUCAAGAACAGAAUCUGGCGGCCUGCCAAAAUGGCAUGAGCAUCUAUUUCUACACCAUCAAGCCUAUUCCAGCCAAUCAGGAACUGCUUGUAUGGUACUGUCGGGACUUUGCAGACAGACUUGACUAUCCUUCCUCUAGGGAGCUGGUGAUGAAUCUUAAGCAAAGUUUGAUUAUCACAGAGGAGCAGAUUUCUCGGAAAGAGAUGACACUUCAAAAAAACACACCCAAGAAAGAGCACAGUGUUAAGGAGAUUCUAAAAAACACGAAUCAUUCAAAGCCCAAAGACACCCCACUGAAUAAUUUUGAUGUUGUAAACCUCAACAAAGAAGCCAUAGAACCACUUAAAAAUUCCAGCCCUGAAAGACCAAUUUUUCCAAGAGUCGUGUAUCCAUUCCGCUCAAACAUUCAUGAAGAUUAUUUAAAGGGCACUAUUGGAUAUGGCCUUGAAAGACCAAAUUAUAUGAUGCAUUCACCAAUUCAGCCAUCGACACCACCAAGUCCUUCAGCACGAAGCAGCCCAGACCACAGUUUUAAAAGCUCAAGUCCACACAGUAGCCCAGGAUCUGCAUUAUCCCCUCACCAAACGUCACAAGAGCACAGAGAAUUGUACCCCUUUCUUAAUAGACCAUACAGCGCUGAAGGACUAGCAUCUUUUCCCAGUUAUGCACCUCCAGCAAGUCAUCUACCUCCAACCUUCAUUUCUUCAUACCAUCCUCCCUACCACAAGUUCUUGUUACCGCCUCUCGGUCUUGGAUGCAGUAGCCUUAACACAUUGAAUAACAUUAAUGCCAUGAAUAAUUUCAAUAUUAUCCCACGAAUGUAUCCAUUUUACAGCAGUAUGGUUGGAGGUGGAAGCCUUUCUCAUCACAUGUUAAACCCUGCGGCUAUUCCUGGUUCCCUCCCACAUGAAGGAGGAUGCAGACUGCUACAGCCUGAUCAGCCACGAGACUUUCUUAUUCCUGCACCCAAUAGUGCCUUUUCCAUCACAGGCGCAGCUGCUAGUAUGAAAGAUAAGCAGAUGAGUCCAACAAGUGGCUCCCCCACUGCUGGCACAGCAGCAAGUUCUGAGCAUGUUAUGCAACCUAAACCUACCUCUGCAGUGAUGACCACAAACAGUGAUGAAGCCAUCAAUUUGAUCAAAAACAAAAGGAACAUGACUGGAUAUAAGACUCUUCCCUACCCUCUUAAAAAGCAAAAUGGGAAAAUCAAAUAUGAGUGCAACAUCUGCUCAAAGACCUUUGGACAAUUGUCAAAUCUUAAGGUCCAUCUACGAGUUCACAGUGGGGAGCGGCCAUUCAAAUGUCAGACUUGCAACAAGGGAUUUACCCAGCUGGCACAUCUACAAAAGCACUUUUUGGUACACACUGGGGAGAAGCCUCAUGAAUGUCAGGUAUGUCAUAAGCGGUUUAGCAGCACAAGCAACCUAAAAACUCAUCUACGACUGCACUCUGGAGAGAAACCCUACCAAUGCAAACUCUGUCCAGCAAAGUUCACCCAAUUUGUUCAUCUCAAACUCCAUAAACGUCUUCAUACAAGAGAACGUCCACAUAAAUGUGUUCACUGCCACAAAAGUUACAUUCACAUGUGCAGUCUUCAAGUACACAUGAAGGGAAACUGUCCAGUGUCUCCAAGACCCGGCCUCACCAGGGAGGACCUGACAGUGAUCAAUGAAGAGAUUGAGAAAUUUGACAUCAGUGAUAGUGCAGACAGACUAGAUGAAAGUAACAUGUCUCCUACAGUGGAGAAAGAAAUAAUGACUCUUCUUCGAAGAGAAAUAGAAGGUGCAAGUAUGAAGGUAUCUGUGUCAAGGAGUAUGGGAAAUGGGUUAAUCACAUCUGGUUGCAACUUUUAUGAACAAUCAGACUCUGUCAUAAAGCUGCCUCAUAACUCCCCACUACCUCUGUUACCAGUUAAGGUCAAACAAGAAACCAUAGACCAAAUGGACUCUUAAUGGACUCAUGGAACAAGUGUUAGUUGAGGUGAUUGCAGCCCAUCCUUGUACAUAAUGAAAAGGCUGCAGCAUAGUCUUAGCUUAUGAAAGGUAGAAUUCUUCUAGAAGACCAACCUGAACUCCAAGAAGGAACUCCAAGAUAAGCGUAUUCUCAGGGCAAGAGGAAAGAGACAGGGAUAUGGGUAUUGCCUACUCACUUAAUAUUAUUGUAAUAAUUAUUAUUAUUAUUGUUAAAAAGACAAUCAUUUAUUUCUAAUUGUGUCACUGAAAAGUACUUCAUAAUUUAUUAUGCAAUUUAUCAUUACAAAAGCAAUAAUUUGAAACGUUUACAAUGACGUGAAAAAAAAAUCAUUGUAAUUUGGAAUAUAUAUAUUUAUGUAUAUAUUUAAUGUGGCCAUUGAUAUAGAUACUUUCGCAGUGUCUUUGAUUUUUUUAUUUUGAUUUUUUUCAGUUAAAUUUUUUUUUUUUUUAAACACCUUAGCUCUCCAUACCAAUGAUCAAUAUUUUGUUGCCAAAGCUGGACAGUACAAUUUGAAAUUGUGUAUUUAUUUCACUGCAAGCAACUGUAGUGUCAGAUUUUUUUUUUUUUUUUAACACUUUCCUUUGAGAGCAUCGAAAAACUGCACACGAGAUGUGCUUGUAACAAUAUCCUCCUUGUUAUAGCUCUGUAUUUUAAACCAAGCUUACAGAACAUCUGUUUCACUUUUUCAAAAUGUAAGAUUUGGGAAAAUACAAGAUUUAACACUGUAUAAAGUAACAGUAUAGACAAGUGCAGGAUUGGCUACAUCUCCACGGUCCAGUAGUAGACACGGGUAAUAAGGUGUUUGUUUGUUUUUUUGGUUGUUUUUUUUUCCUGUUACUGGCACACAUCUCAUUUAUAUUUCUGUGAGUCAUUUCUUUGAGUAUUUUGUGUCUUGUACAUUUAUUUGUUGUGAUUAAUUUAAGUGAAAAGGGCAUUGCAAAGUUGUUCGACAAUUUACCUCAUUGUCCAGUGGUGAAGAAAAAAAAGCUGGCUGAACCAAUAGCUUUGUGACUUUUAAGGAGAAACCAAAUAGACGCAGUCUAAAGACUGCACUUACACUUUGUACUGUUGCUUUGCUUGCUGACUCCAAAGAUAUUGCAGUUGUACGGGCUGGAUAUUGCGGUGUGCACUCUAGUUUAGGUUACUAUCCUGAAGUGAAUAUACUUAAAGUAAUGACAUAUUCCACAUGAUGGAAUUGUCCAUAUCAAAAUUUACAAUUGUCACUGGGGUUCCUCCUGCUGGUGACGUGAUGACAUCACUUUUCUAUCCAGCCAAGUACUCCAGCAUCCUAAUGUGGCAAAGCACACUUUUAGCAUGCAUAAACCUAAGAUAUGCACAGAGCAGUGGCACUGAUUUAUAAAUCAUUGCUGGCAUUGUACAGUCUGAAAAGGGCUGAUCCUUAUGCCGUCCAUGAGCACAAUGCCAAAGUCUCGAGCAAAUGUACCAAAAAAAAUACAGCUUUACUGGAAUUCUAGCUUGUUAUACUGUGUACAAGCAGAAAUCUGAAAACAAUGUAGCAAGAUCUAAAGUAUUAAUGUAAUAUAUACCAAAGUAUCACUACUGUCUCUGGACACACACUUCCCUUACUUAAUGCCAGUAGUGCUUUUCUCUAUUCACUUCAAAGACUUAAUGUAUGACUAUUUCAAGAUGUUACUUUUUUUUUUUUUUAUAGGAUUUUAUUACAUGUAAAUGUAGCAAACAGUGGUUUCUCUAUUUUUGUUUCUUUUUCUAAGAAAGAAAAUCUGACCAAAGUUAACCGGCUUUUUACUUUGCUAGAACAACAAAUUUCUUAUGUUUACAUUUUGGUUUACAUUGUUAUUUAUGUGCAAAUUGUCAAAAGAUGUAAAUUAAAACUAAAUGUGCGUUUCUUUAUAC